GCGCGCAACGGCGCAACGUGUAUAAAGAAGACGCUUACAAAGAAAACAGCAAAAAAAUAAAUAAAGGAUUUUUUUUGCUUCCAACUUUGAUUGAACGCUAUUCGGGUUAUUUUGUAUUGAUAUUUAUUUUUAACGGUUGCCGUCAGUAUAAACGUGUUUUACUUGUGAAAUGUUUUAAUAAUGUAAUUAGGAAUUGGCAGAAUAGUCAGCUGGACGAAUAUAUAUUUGUAUGUAUAGCAUUCGACGAGGCGAGCCGUUAACUUAGUCUAGCACACGUUGGAAGCCAAGAUAUCGAGGUGUACAGUAACAAUACACUCAGCAAAGCGGAUUUGGAGGGAAGAGGAAAUUCAUAAAUUUUUGGAAAUUUUCCACCAAUUCGCUAGCAUAUUGUUGGUCGCGGGCAAGCGCUUUGUCGUGCUGCAGCUGCUUCGAUUCGUAAUACAUAAUAUUUAGCUGAUUUCACUUUAUAUACUAUCAUACUUGCGUGCGCGUACAUACAUUUACGCGUCGUGGGAAAAUCGAAAAUGGUGUUGACGAACUUUGAGUGUUGGGCACAUGGUGGCUCAGUUGUUGGCAACAAUGGAUUGCCAGUAAAUUCACGUCACGUGGAUAUGUUCAAUCCACUUAUGGUACAGCACAGAUUGGACACCGCUACGGGAGCAUCGGCCGUGUCGCACAUCUCGUCUAAUGGCUAUUACGGAUUUUCCUAUGUGAAUGCGGCCCAUGAGCCUACUGACAACAACAGCGAUGUAACUGCAGCACACGCAAGACAAAACAUUAACAAUACGAAUAUUAAUACCGACAGAUGUGUGCCAAAUGCAAAUGAUGUCAAUGGCAUGGACUUUGGUGAUGGCGCUGCUGCUGCUGCUGCCGCAUUUGGUAAUCGUUUAGGUGCCACACAACGCUGCAAGAAGCGCUACUUUGUAAGCGAUGAUGACUACGCCAACUGCGAGCUACUUAACAACUGCGACAAGGGCAUCGCAGCCGGCGUCGCUGUAGCCGGUGGUGAUGUGUGCGCUGCCAAGCGCUGCCGCUUUGACGAUGACUAUGAUGCCGCGCAGUAUUGUAAUGAUUUCUUCUCACUCCCCUCUACACAAAUUGGCACCCAAUCUUGUCUGAUGGAUACUGAGGACGCACCAUAUAACCAACAACAACAGCAACAGCAACCACAGGUAGAUGUCAAUAUGGGCGUCGCAAAUCUCAGCAAUCAAACAGGCAAUACAACAACAAAAAGAUGUCGGCAAGCCAUAAAUUACGACGCCAAGCGUAGCAACAGUUUUGUAAACGUUUAUCAUGAUAACAUUAAUACAGCUAACCAAAACAAUAAUAACAAGGCACUCUUUUACAACAACCAUGAAAUCAAGUGUUUGUCCAGCAGUGCUGCGGCGUACAUCCCACCGGAUGGUGCGAAGAAGAAAAGAAAUGGUGGUGAUGACAAUAAAUGUGAGAUUGCUGAAGGUGAUCAGAGCGUUCGUGCUGAUAUUGGCAAUACAUAUCUAAUGAAACAAUCAAAAUUUCCGGCAUUUGGUGCUAUUGCUAAGAUUUCGCAACCCGCUGAUAUAGCAACUAGCAAUGAAGAUACCACUGGAGUGGCGGCAUUGUAUGCCAAAACACAUGGCGGCGCUUUCUACCAGUUUACAGCGGCCAAUGGUGGUAAUCAGCCGUACAUUGAGGAUAUUUGAGAAAGAAGUCGAAGUCAAAUCGGUGCAGGGAGGUAGCUCAAACACAACUAAACAGCUCUUGCUGCAAAAUCGAGAUUAACUAAAUAAAUGAAAAAAUGGUUAUUUUCCUUGAUACAUUAGAAAAAAUGAAUAGACGAAUUUACUAGUUUAUAAAUCUAAGCUCCACAAACAUAGCAUUAAAUCGAAGAAUUAUUGUGAUGUGUUUUUUGGCUCGCUAACAUCUAAAGCGUCGUAACACAAAAUAUUUUUUAAUUUUAUUUUAGAUUAUAACACAAAAAUUUACUUUUGUAACAACGAAAAAUGGGUUGCGUCCUUCGAAUAUUGUAGAUUUUGAGUUAUGAUACUUGAGGGGUUAGCGUGCGAUUAAUGAAUAUGCACUUACGUAUCUACAUAUAAACGUAUAGACAAAUUUGCAUAUGCGAGUUUGUGGCGUGAUAAUAGGUUAAUGAAGCGUUUUGUGUACCCACAAAAUGAUAUGAAAAAAAAUUAGAGACAAUGCGAAUAAUCGUAAAUAUACGUCGAGGGAAGCGUAUUUUUGUAUUCUCGACCACUCAUCUGUGCAACUGAACUUUGCAGAUAAUGAAAAAUAUAGAGUAGUAUGUAAGCAGACACAUUGUAAAUGUAUGUACUAUAUAUAAGGUACGUGCAUUAAAUGAAAACUGAAACUAAUAUAGAUAUGUACAUAUAUAUGUACACAUUUACUUAACCCCACCAAAUAUUGUGUGUGCACACGAAUUAUGAACUCGCAAGCAAUCAUAUCACAAAAGAGACACAAUGUUAAAUAUUAUUAUUAUAUUUAAAUAACUCAAAACGACAGGAAAUAACUAAACCAAUACUUAACGAACUAUUGUGCCCAAUUUUUAAACACACAAUCCUAUAUAUUGUAUUUAUAUGUAUAAAAAAUAGUCAAAUCAAAGUUGUUACAAGCGAAACAGUUGCAUUUUGUGUUAAAUCUCAGCUUAGCAUUGCUAAACGAAAAAAGCAGAUUUCUCCUAUAUGCAUUUUGAAGGUGUUUAUUUCCGUUUGUUGUACAAUUUAAACAAAAUAUCACCUAAAGAAUUGUACAUGUAAGUAAUUAAACAGAUUUAUGAAUUGUAUCAAAAAUAAUGAGUUAAUGCAUACUGAAUAAAGCAGACGCAUGUGUGUAUGUACAUAUUUAAGCAUACACUUGAAGCAAUUA